AUGCCCGAUAUAUUGAGUCUUGCCCGUCUUACACCUCGGGGAAUGAUGUUUGUGACGAAAAGAGUUAUAUCAACAAGUUGGCUUCACAGUGAACAAGCGUCGGAUUCGAUGCUCAGACGGAAUGGAAAGCAACCCACAGGUCAAAAUGAAUGGGGUGACUGGUGUAAUGUCAAAGGAACAGGGUUCGGAGCCCGCCCAACAACAGACACAGGAGAUGAAUUGGUAGAUGCAUUCGUCCGGGUCAAGUCGAGUGAGGAGAGUGACGGUACAUCUGACACUUCUGCAAAACGAUACGAUGCCCACUGUGGUCUGGGUUCUACCCUGCAGCCUGCUCCAGAGGCUGGUAUCUGGCUCCAGUCCUACCUUGAGCAGCAGGUGGAUAGUGCUAACCCACCUCUUUACUGGAAGGAUUGGUUCAUUUCUUCCCGUGGGAACGAGUAUUUCUGCGAGAUCGAUGAAGAAUACUUAACCGAUCGCUUCAAUCUUACUGGAUUGAAUACCGAGGUUCCAUAUUAUCAGUAUGCUUUGGAUCUGGUGACCGAUGUGUUCGACCUGGAUGCGGACGACGACCUGCGCGAGCAAAUCGAAAAAUCGGCACGUCAUCUCUACGGACUGGUACAUGCAAGAUAUAUCAUCACCACUCGUGGCCUUUCUAAAAUGGUCGACAAGUACAAGAGGGGCGACUUUGGAAAAUGCCCCCGCGUCGUGUGCGAAGGACACCCCCUGCUUCCGAUGGGCCAGCACGACAUUCCUAAUAUGAGCACUGUCCGUCUUUACUGCGCCAAGUGCGAGGAUAUCUACAAUCCUAAAUCGUCUCGUCAUGCUGCUAUCGACGGUGCCUAUUUUGGUACUUCUUUUCACAGCAUGCUCUUCCAGGUAUAUCCCGCUCUGAUUCCAGAGAAGAGUGUCCGCCGUUAUGAGCCUCGUAUUUAUGGGUUCAGAGUCCAUGCUACCGCCGCACUUGCGCGCUGGCAAGAUCAAUAUCGCGAGGAGAAAAAGGCUUGUCUUCGUGAAGCUGGCAUAGAAAUUAAGUACGCCGAAGACACGGAGGAGGAGGAGGAGCUGGAGGAUGAUGACGAGGACGAAGAACAGGCUGUUGAGGCUAAGGAAGAGAAGUCUCUUGGUGAUGCCGCCUCUGGCCGUAUGGACCUGGGUAACUGA